CUGACAACUAAAUCAUAAACUCUGUGCAAUUUUCUUUGUUUUAAUUACAUUUUAUUUAUUUUCGUGAGUUUGAAUUAGUCAAAUAAAAUAAUUAUUUAUUAUUUAGUUGAUGUGUAGUGGUUGAAAGUGAAAUAUGUAAUCGCAGUGCCUUUAAAAAAGCGAUAAAGUGAAGAAGUGCCCUCAAAAUCACCAUAUAGAAUGAGAUAGAUUGACUUGACACUAAAAAUCUGUCAUUCAAAAGACUGUAGCUGAUUCUAAAAUAUUUUUGCAUAUUAUAAAGUAAGAUGUUCGAAGCAUAUUAAACCCUUUGGAAAACCAAUGUAAGACAAUCGAAAGACUCGCGUGAGGCCCAGUAUGGGCCAACAGCCCCGUUUCCAAAUCAUCAUGAAUCCAAGCACGCCAACCCGCUCGCCGGGUUACCAUCAAAAAGCCAUGGAAGAAAUCCAGAACUCGCUGAGGCCGUUCGCUAAAAGCAGCAACGAAGCGAUGAGCUCGAGCGCAGCCAGCACCAUAUCUAACUUUUCGGCUACCAGCGGUGUCAGCUCGUUGAGUUCCACUUCAGCGGGAGGAGGUUGUAAUAUUAACGAUAAAGAUGUCAUACAAUUGAGGCAAUUAGGUUACACGGAGGAAUCUGUAAGUCGCGCACUUCAAGUAUCCAACGGACGAGUGGAUAUCGCUCUCGAUUACCUCAACAGGCAAUCUCUGGAUUCUUCGUCGUCUAUGAAAAAUUCGCCCGGUUACACGAAACUAAUUCGCAAACCGAGCAUCGAACGAGAACUCAUUUUGCCGAGAGGCAGUCCUGCAUUGGACAGCGGCGCUGGCAGCUCGAGAUCGGAUAGCCCUCGGCUCAUCAACGAUCUACACAAUCGUUAUUCGCCUAGUUUCAACGAACCGCCUCCGCCGCCGCCGCCUAGAAACACCCCGCCGCCGCCGCCGCCUCACGUCGGCGGUACCAGCGGAUACCAACCGCCUAUGCCUAAUAACGUGCAGCAGAGGAUUAAAAGGAUGUCGCCGGCGCCCGUGGUACCCGCCAGGACGCCCGCUGGACAGGGGUACAGCUCACCGGCUUUACAACAACGAGGUACUAGUCCAGUCAGUAGUGUUUCAACGACGUCGGGUCGACAACCGAUGGUUGUUCAAAACGGUCCUCAGGUACAGCAACAACUAACGCAACAGAUGCAAGCGUUGAAUCUCUAUCAGAGUAACACGGUUUCUGCGUCCGAACCGCCACCACCAUAUCCUCUUAUGUCGGCGAGUCCGGCAAACGGGCCUCUGCCUCCGCCUUCGUAUUCCGCCUCUAUUCAGAACAGGCAGAGUCCUACGCAGGACUUUAGGAAAAGUCCGUCCUCUGGCAUUUAUUCCGGAUCUACGUCUGCCGGGUCGCCUAGUCCAGUACCGGUAAAUGUUUCGAAUAGCGCGACGUCGACGAAUAUGGCUCUGCCGACGCAUUUGCAGGCGUGGGGUGCUCGCCAAACUAUCUCCCAACCGCCUAUAAUAAUGCAAUCGGUAAAGAGUACCCAAGUCCAAAAGCCCGUUUUACAAACUGCCAUAGCGCCUACAUCACCUCAACUGCCAUCUCCGACGAGUACCACCCCGCCGACGACGUCAGCCUUACCACCGUCUUAUACCGUUUCAAUUCAACAAAAAGGCUAUACAAACGGAUCGAAGCCUGCGGCUCCUCUACCUGUUCCAAAUCAAUCUAAUAAUUCUCCGCCAGUAAACGUACCGACGACGGAGCCUCCGAGUUAUGCGAGUACCAUGCAAGCGAAAGCGAAAGCUCAACGUGGUUUAGGUACUCAUCCACCUUUGCCUCCACCGCCUUAUUCGACAGAUGAGAGCCACGUUCAGGUUUACACAGUCGAUAGUUCAAUGUCGCCCAGAGCUAGUCCACUUGUUCAUCCGUCUUUAACGAGGAAAUAUUCUCCCAUUGUAAAUAACGAAUGUCGAUCCGAUAGUCCUCAAUCGACUAGUAGCGGAGAUAGCAGGAACCAAUAUUCGGAUAGUGGCGCGCCACCUUUACCGCCUACAGCGUCUACAUCGGUGAAAAGCGCCAACAACAAUCACAUCGUAAACGGUAACGGGGAGAGCAAGCACGACGCGCCGCCCCAGCUGCCCCCUUAUACCAAGAUAAAGCACCAAUCGCCUAUACCGGAGCGCAAGAAGAUCAGCAAAGAAAAGGAGGAGGAACGAAGGGACGGCAAAGUGAAAAAUUACUCACCGCAGGCGUUUAAAUUUUUCAUGGAGCAACACAUUGAAAACGUGAUGAAGUCGUACAAGCAACGAUUGUUUAGGCGCAUGCAACUCGAAAAGGAGAUGAACAAAAUCGGACUGAGCUCGGAGGCCCAAGCGCAGAUGAGAAAGAUGUUGUCGCAAAAGGAAUCGAAUUAUAUUAGAUUAAAGCGAGCCAAAAUGGACAAGAGCAUGUUCGUGAGGAUCAAGCCGAUCGGUGUCGGGGCUUUUGGAGAAGUUACUUUAGUGAAAAAAAUCGAUACGAAUCACUUGUACGCCAUGAAAACGUUGAGGAAGACGGAGGUGUUGAAGAGAAACCAAGUGGCUCAUGUGAAAGCUGAACGAGAUAUUUUAGCCGAAGCAGACAACGAAUGGGUGGUGAAGCUCUACUACUCAUUCCAGGACUCCGAUAUAUUGUAUUUCGUAAUGGAUUACAUACCAGGGGGUGAUUUGAUGUCUCUUUUAAUCAAAUUAGGAAUCUUCGAAGAAGUUUUAGCUAGGUUUUAUAUUGCGGAGUUGACGUGCGCAGUAGAAAGUGUACAUAAAAUGGGCUUCAUUCACAGAGACAUAAAACCUGAUAAUAUACUUAUAGAUAAAGAUGGUCACAUAAAAUUGACCGAUUUCGGUUUGUGCACCGGUUUUAGGUGGACUCAUAAUUCAAAAUAUUAUCAACAAAACGGAAACCAUAGCAGACAAGAUUCUAUGGAUCCUAUAGACGAUUGGAACGAGGAAUGUAAUUGCAAACCUUUGGAAAGGCGAAGGCGAAGAGAACAUAGAUGUUUAGCGCAUUCUUUAGUAGGAACGCCGAACUAUAUCGCACCUGAAGUGUUACAGAGAACAGGAUAUACUCAUGUUUGUGAUUGGUGGAGUGUGGGUGUUAUUUUGUAUGAAAUGUUAGUGGGUCAGCCUCCGUUUUUAGCGAAUACACCAGCCGAAACGCAGUAUAAGGUGAUUAAUUGGGAAACGACGCUUCAAAUACCGAAACAAGCGAAUUUGUCACCGGAUAGCACGGACUUGAUAUUGAAAUUGUGUUGUAGCGCCGACAAGCGCCUCGGCAAAAAUGCCAGUGAAGUGAAAUCGCAUCCGUUCUUCAAAGACAUUGAUUUCGAGAAGGGGCUCAGGCGACAGCCGGCGCCCUACAAGCCGCGCAUCGACUAUCCCACCGACACGUCGAAUUUCGAUCCGAUCGAUCCCGAAAAGUUGCGCAAUUCCACGUCGAUCGAGUCGAGCAAUUCGGACGAAUUGGUGGACAAUUCGAAUCUGUUCCACGGCUUCUUCGAGUUCACGUUCAGGCGGUUCUUCGACGACGGCGGCCUGACGUCCUUCAAUAAAAUCAAGGACGACAACGAUAACCAAGGCGGGCCCGUCUACGUGUGACGAUCGAUGACCGUAAGGGGUGGAACCCCUUUUUCGUGAGUCCGCCGAGAUUUUAUUGUUAUUUUUUGUUCGGAUUAGGAAAGUGCGCCUCGCGGCACUUGGCCGAUUCUCUUGCCAACGGUCCCCGUUUUUUCUUAUAUGUUACACGUAAUAUUGUUUGAACGGAGAAUUAAAAAAAAAAGGUUGAUCCCUUCGGGUGGGAGGUAAGUGCUUUUUGCGUUGUGAUUUUUGUUGUUAAUGCAAAUUUACAGGUGGUCGAUUAGUAAACGUUCAAUUGGUCAGAUAAUUCGCAGGUUUAAUUGAAUCUGGAAAUGUGUGUUAACUAGAGAGGAAAUUCGAUUCUACUAAUUAAUUAACUGGACCGAUUCCACUCUACCUACCAUUAGCAUCAUGUUGAAUUGAGAUUUUCUUUAGACAAUUCUAUAAUUAUUCGCAUGUGACUUAUAAGAGUCAUUGUGGUCUGUUAUUUAUUCGUACUGUAUUUUUGCAUGUGAAUAAGAAAAAUCAUGAAACUGUAUUUGUGUGAAGUUUGAUAUUUAACCAAAGUCCAAUCUAGCUGCUUUAUUAUGUUUAAUAAAACCGCCUCUUUCAGCUCAAAUUGUCUUAGUUAUUUAAGGUUUGUUAAAAAAAUAUUAAUUCCAAGAUAGGUUAUUGCUAAUUUGAGUAAUUCAUAUUUAUAUAAAUAAUUUUUACAAAUUUCGAAAUAUUUCCCCUAAAAGAAACCGUACAAUUAAAUAUUCGAAUAGAGCAAUAAUUAAUCUUGCAAUUUUUUAAAUAUUUUCUAAGAAAAAAGCUGAACUUAGUAUAUUCUAAAUAAUUAAAAUUUCAUUAAAAUAAUGGUGCUACUUUUAUAAUAUUAAAAAUGUGAUAUAAAUUAACCCCAUUAAAAACAACCCUUUGUAAUUUUUGGAUUAUUAAAUAAUAUUCUAGUCAUUUUAAAACUAGAUAGCAAAAACUACAGCAUAAGCGGGAUCUUGUUAUUGAAUUCCGAAAUGUUUCCGAAAAUUGCACACGGUUCUUUUUUAGGGUGUAAUUAUAAAUUAUUGCUAUUAUUUGUCUAUAUGUAAAUAUAAAAACCGCAAAAAGUGAAAUGAUUAGGAAGAAAUCAAGAAUAUGCGUGUUUGCCAAAAAAAUAAUAUUUAACGUUCUUUAAAACUCGAUAAUCUCUAAUUAUAUUGACAUAUCUUAUGACUGGAUAUUAGAAAACUGGCAUGUUAAUCCUAUCCUUUUUUUAAUUAUCAAAACCGUACUAAACAUUGUUUUAAUUUAAUUAUUUAUAUUUAAUUUUUUUCCAAUAUUAACUUUAAAUCACGGUGUUUUAUCUCGAAAACUAAGCAUUUGCGUCCGAGAUGUAUCACUAAUAGGCCAAUUUCAAUUGAUUAAUUUACAAGAAAAUAAGUUAAUGGUUUGAGGGAGAGAUUUUGUAAUUUCGGUAAUAGAAUGUUUAAAUUAUUAUACACUGCCUCAUACUAAUAAGUAUUUUAAAUAUUUGUACGUAUGUAUGUUGAUUGUAAUUUCAAAUUGUGUUUUGAAAUUUAAUUUAUUAAAAAAGCUGUGUUACAAUAAGUUAGUGUUUUAAAAAAUUCGAUAGGAAAUAGUUCAUUUUACUAAUAAUUUUUGAAGAAAAUAUUUCGUCUCAUUGGAUUUUUAUAUCGUACAGUAACUUUGAAUUGCGUUAUGAUCAGAAAAGAACCACAUUUUAACCGGGAUUUAUUGUGGGCUCUGUAGAAUAUUGUUUUUUGCUCACUUUAUGCUUACAUUUUUGUAAUAGUAAUAUUUAUUUACGUCUACAGUGCUCUUCCAAUAAUCUUUGUAACAUUAAUAUAUUAAGUAUGUUUUAAUUUUUAGAAAAUAAUUUUCUAGUCUAUCAUUUUUUUAUCUGAUUAUCCAUUUUAAAUGUUUUGUUCCUUAAUGCAAAGUAGAUUAUUAAAAGUUGUGUACAUUUAGGCAAUCAUGUUUUAAACAAUUUUGAGUCAAAAGUGCCUUAAUUCUAUAAUUGCAAAAUUGUAAAUGUGUGUAAAUAUAUAUUUUUGAAAUCAA